UGAUUUUGCCGGCCGACGAUGGCUAUGAUAUGAUGCGGUUCCCUCUCAUCAUGGAUGCCGGAUGGUGGUUAUGACUCGUUACUGACUUAGUGAGCUUUUAGGAAGGGAAAGUGCCACGGGCACGAUAACCACCAUGCGACACAGGCAACACAACGGUUUUACAACGGGAACGAAGGCUUCGACGACCAGGACGCCGGAGGACGCUACGAGCCACGGCAGUCUCGCUGCUGCUUCGCUGGAUCGAACCGGAUCACUACCUCUUGCGUAGCCGGCGCGCCUCUCCGCAGAGGCUUGCGUUCACCUCACCUCACCUACACGGCGCACAUGGAAGGCGCGAUGGGGUGGCAGCUGCCCUCCGCAGAACGGGUGGUCACGGGCAGACUGUGGGACGCGGUGCUGCAUCGGGCGGCUCGAGGGACGCUGGAGGUGCAUUGCCGACGCUGCGUCGAUGCAGGCGAGCAUGCACAUGUGGUGUUGACGACAAGAACGGGUUUGGUGGGAGGUUCUGCGCGGGGAAAUGCGGGAGUGGCCCGUCGCGUCCCUAAAGCGUUAGCGUGCCUGCCCAAGCCCAAGCGAAUCCCACCUCAACGUCGGCCUGCUCGCAAACAUCCCUCCUUCACUCUCUUCCCCGGCUGCUGCCCUCGCGGACGCCGGCGGUGCUGGCGCGCACUUGCUUCACUUUUAUUGUUCGCGCUCACCACCUCGGAGCAACCGCCGCGCCGCUCCCAGCGGGCCGUGCGCCAUCACUCCCCGCUCUUAUUCGCGGCACGCGCACUCCACGGAUUGGACAGCUUCAGCCCCCAUCGCAGAGCACAGCGGCUACUUCGUCACAACCAAAACACGGCCAAUCAUGGUGUAUGAAAAUCGUCGUUACAUCAUUAAAGCAAUGGCUAAGGUAUAUGAAAAUCAAGCGACGGUAUGAGGUAACGCCCGGCCCAUCUCCUUUGGCCCGUC